AUGAUGGCGCGGGUGGACCGGCUGGACCUGGUGCUGGGCUACCUGGAGGAGAAGCGUCGCCACAGCAAUACCAUCGUCGCCGGCAGAGGCAGCGCCUCCUCGCCCUCCACCCCUACUACUACCCUCAGCGAUUCGUCGGCCGCGAGCACGCCGCGGGGUAGAUCGUGCCGGCCGGCGAAGGAGGCGCUGGAGGAGGCGCAGGCCAAGGGAAGCCUCGUCGACCGAAUCGCCUUCCUCGAGGACCGCGUCCUCAGGAUGGAGGAGGACACGGAGAUCACCGGCCCGGACAUCAAGAUGAGCAGCGGAGGCGACCAGAGGAAGGAGAAGGAGCAUCAGCAUCAGCAUCAGCAUGGCAAGAGUAGUAAGAAGAAGGGGCUCAAGAGCCUGGUCAAGUCCUGCGUCAGGGGCAAACUCAACACCAAGGACUAA